AUGACGACAGCCAGUACGACCCAAGACGACGCGUCUCCUCGUACUCAGCAGCAGCGCGAGAGCUUCCAGCGCCACAAUAGCGGCAUUGACGAGCGCAUCCGAUCAAGCAGCGGCAGUUUUGCGGUCCCUGGCGACCACGCAGACGACGACGCGUCCAUGUCGAACGACGAGUCCAUGUCUUCCUCUUCUACUUCCUCCUCGUCCUCGUCGUCCCGUCGUUCUUUUUCCCUGCAGUGCGUGAACUCCGAUCAAGUUCUAAGCCAUUCGACAAUCGACCGGCAUCGAACGAGUCGGACCAAUUCACUCGAGGACUUUGCUCGGCAGCUGCCGUACCUACAAGACACAAGUCGCCAAGCGACUGAGGGCCAUUGCGGCUCCCCUCAACGUGCUACGACGUUUUCAUUUGCCGUUACUGAUUCCGUGGACAGCGCUCCGAUACCAGCUCCGUCUCAUCCGAUGUGGCUCUUGACACAAUUUGCACCGGCGAUGUCCAAGACAAUUACAAGUGCAGAUCCCAGUGCCGAUAUGGAAGAUGAUGAAUCAUUUGACGAGGAGAUUGAGAAGAAUCAUGCAGCACAGACGACCGAUUGUCAAGCUCCUGGUGAACACAAGAGCGGUCGAGUGGGCAAUCGACGUGUGGCGUGGGCGUCGUCAGGUGCACAUGUGGAGCUGCCUGAAGGAGUACGUCUGACUUGUGCUCGGAAUGAAGUGGCGGGAGUACAGUUGCGAUUGAAGUCAAAUGUGCCAUUUUUACUCACGACAGACAAGAGCAAUUGGAUGCUGCCGAUGGGUCACGGACCAAAGGCGCGCGUGGCCGUCGACACGAGAUUUGUGCCGCCACAUAAGCUGACAGUGGAAGUGUUUGUGGUGGGGUAUGUUAUGAAUGAAAACGCAGAUCUUGUCAUGGAGACAUUGCAACGCACGGGAGUCAGUAGCAAGGCAGCAAGGGAACAUGCAGUGUACUUGCGGAUACGGAUCGCAGAAACACUCGAGCCUGGAGUGUAUGAAUUGCCGUUGUGGGUGUUUACACAGGAAGCAAGGUUUCGAGAUGAAGAGCUCACAUGGUCGAGCAGCGUUGUUGUGAGUGUUGUGGACGUGCAGCUUCCGGCGCCACAUAAUUGGCGGUUUCGAUUAGAUUUGUGGCAGCACUGGACGGCUAUAGCACGCGCACAUUGUGUGGCGUUAUGGAGCGACCGGCAUUUCGAAUUGAUUGAUCGGUACAUGGCUCCGCUUUCGGAAAUGGGCCAGAAGUGCUUGUCAGUUGUCGCCACAGAAAUGCCAUGGGCAGGCCAACAGUGCUACAUGGAAGAGCAAAACGCGUCAGCGUUGUUUGAACAUGCAAUAUUGGAUGUGUACGAGGACCCAGCGCAUGGAGUUCCGGUAACGGUUGACUUUACACACUUUGAUCGACUGCUAGCACUAGGUGCUCGUCAUCAUUUGGACCAUGAAAUCGAGGUAUUCGGUCUCCUGUCAGUGUGGCGCGACCCAGCUGCGGGAUUCGAUGCUCCAGCUGAGCUAACUGUGCGCCAUCUUCAGCCGCCUCCGGUCACAACUGCUUCCACAUCAGACGCGCAUUGCUCAACGUCUUUGGCAAGUUCCGGAAUGUCUUCUCCUACCGCAUCAUCCUCAAUUGGUGAUCAAAGGCCCGAUCGACUCGACCAAGAUCAACAAAACGAACCCGUAAUACCACCACCUCCUCCGUCGACAUCGGCUCCCCAAGCUCCGGCAUUUGUAAUCGAUGGCUGGCGCAUCAGGUGCCAGGACCGUACAACUCAGCGAGUCCGCUAUUUGCGGCAAGUUUCUGAGGUCGAGGCCUUCAUCGAGCAAUUUUACGCACAUUGUAAAGCGUUGGAGAUUGCAGAUCGCGUACGAAUAUGUGCUGACGAACCCCGCGACGUAGCAGUGUUCCACGAGCAACUGCGCUUUAUCGAGCGCCUGGCUCCCAAUUUCCGUAUCAAGCUGGCCGUGAACCAUUCGGAGUUUUUCUCGCCUGCAUACGCUCCACCGCAAGUGGCGGACUAUGUGCCUCUCUUACCUCUGGCUUGUGCUGAUCUCGAGGUAACUCGUCGAUUAGCCAAUAACGCGCGCGCCCGCGGAGGACACGUUUGUUGGUACGUCUGCUGUGGUCCAGCUUUUCCCAACCAAUUUGUGUCCUCGCCACUCGUCGAAGGUGAGCUCGUUGGAUACCUCACCUUCUUCUUCGAGCUGGAUGGUUUUCUGCGCUGGAAUUACUGUCUGUGGCCUGCCCGGCCAUGGGAUGAUCUCCGGUGGCGCUCUUCAAUGUGGAAAGUGGGUGACAUGUAUUUUGUGCUCCCUGGACAUGAUGGAUGGCCCGUGGAGACGCUCCGCCUCGAAUCCAUGCGAUUCGCCGGUCAAGCUUUUGAGCUUCUAGCUCUUGCAAAGGAAAUGCUGGCUCCAGUGCAGAUGCAGCAGCUACAGCGUGCGGUUGCUGAGCAGAUUCUACGAUCGAGCGAUUUGGAAGAGUUUGGUCGAUAUGCUGACCGCGCCCGUGAAGACUUGUACUCGCUCGACCCGCUAGACUACCAGCGCGCCAGAACGAUCAUUUUGAAUACACUGGCCGAUGCAGCAGUCAAGGGUGGCAAAGCCUAA